UCACUCUCACAUCCUCAUUGGUGCUGAAAGAUCAAAACAACCGCCAAGAUGACAACUAAACCACUGCUCCUCCUGGCUGCUCUGACUUUCUGCUUUUGCAUCGCCUCUCUGCAUGCGAGGUGUAUCUGCAUACAGACGAUCUCUAAUACCAUCCCUUAUCGGGCCAUCAAGAAAAUUGAGGUGAUUCCUAUUUCAGGAAACUGUCGCCGGACUGAAAUCAUAGUCACCACGAGGAAGGGCUCUAGAGUUUGUGUCGACCCAACUGCGCAGUGGGUCAACGACCUGCUUAGGUCUUUCCGAAAUACAAAUGUGAACUCCAACUCAACCACUGUGUCCACCACUGCUUCCACAAUUCCCUUUUGAUCACAUUUUGUGGCAAUGCUUUGACAUAACAAAAACCCUGAAUCUGUACUGUAAAGUAAAAUAGUUUCAAAAAUACAAAAUAGAGAAUGUUUUCCUGGAAAUCUGACUAAAUAAUGUGAAUCAAAUGCACUGAUUAUAUUAACAAUGGUGCUGUAACCUUUGACAUGAUUGUGUUGUAUCCAUGUCUUCUCAUGAAGAAUAAAAGACAGACAAAAAGACUCUUCAAAAAAUGAGAUGUUUAUUGCCUACAGGAGAUGGAG